AUGGAGCUACUGGAAUACUGUUUGAGCACGUACUUUACGUUUAAUGGUCAGGUGUACGAGCAAAUCCAGGGAACUCCGAUGGGAUCACCAAUCUCCGGCUACCUAGCUGAGGCGGUUCUACAAGAACUGGAAACACGGGUCUUUCAGUCCUACAUGCCAAAAUUCUGGAUGCGCUAUGUGGAUGACACCUUUGUCAUCCUACCUCGAGACAUGAAAGAGGCGUUCAAAAGCAAACUGAACUCAAUUUUCCCCCAAAUUCAAUUCACAAUGGAGGAAGAAAAGGACGGAGAAAUCCCCUUUCUGAAUGUCCAGGUGUCGAGACAGGAAGACGGAGCCCUCCAGACAGGUGUCUUUCGAAAGGCGACCGAUACGGCGAAAAGUCUCCAUUACAGCAGUAACCACCCCUUGUCACAUAAACGCAGUUUCGUGCGGACACUCUUCCUACGCAUUAACGCACACUGCAGCACAGAGGCUGAAAAGCUGCGAGAGCGUAAAUCCCUAUGGCGUCUCUUUCUCUCCAAUGGGUGCCCACGUAGCUUCAUAAACAAAUGCCUGUAUCAAAGGCACACGAAGACCGGCGGUGAACAAAAACAAAAGCCGGAAAACUUCCGUGCUUUGCCCUACGUGAGUGACGUUUCCGAAGCCACUGAACGCAUGCUCAGACCACUCAACGUGGGCCUUGGACACCGGCCGGAGAUCGCUAUCCACCGCUUACUCAUGCAGCCCAGGGGGCGGCUACCACCUGAGGACACGUCAGGAAUUGUUUACCGCGUCAACUGCCUAGACUGUCCGGCCAAUUAUUGUGGCAUGAUCGACAAACGCGCAUGCAUGAGCAUUCUCUAG